UUUUUACCCUUUUUUUACACUUUUUUUUUUUUUUUUUUUUUUUGCCUCUCGGUAAACUACUCCUUUUAUAUGAUAUACUAAAUCUACACUCUUCUUAUGUGACCUAUAAUAAUUAUUGAAAUUCUUUGCUUUUUUCAACCAUAAUUUCAGGGAGUAAUGGUGAAAAAGGCUAAGAAAAAGGCCAGAGGUGGUGUGAAGGAGAAGCGGAAUCCCGUGGCAUCUCCAAAUCUUCUUGCUCAACAAGACACUCAAGAAGUUAAAGCACCUGAGGACGAUGGAGUUACAGCUGUGAAUGAUACAAAAAUAUGCCCCCAUAUUGAUAAGGGUAUUGAUGUGGAGAAAGUCUCUGCUAAACUUGGAUUCUCAGGACCGGUUAGGUGUGAAGAUUGUAGGGAAGGAACAGUUAAUCGACGAGCUGGGAAAGGAAAAGGUAAACAUGGAAAAAAGAAGGGAGGUGGAGAAUCGAAGUCGGUAUCUAAAGCCAUUUGGGUCUGUUUAGAGUGUGGUCAUUUGUCGUGCGGAGGUGCUGGAUUUCCUACUACUCCUCAGAGCCAUGCGGUUCGGCAUGCCAGACAGUAUCACCACCAAUUGGCUGUUCAAUUCGAAAAUCUUCAGCUUCGCUGGUGUUUCCCGUGCAAUAGACUAAUUCCUGCUGAAAAGGAAAAAGAUGUAUUACACGACAUAGUCAAGAUGAUUAAAGGGCGGCCACCUGAAGGGCCCAGUGUUGAUGUUGAGGAUGUUUGGUUUGGGACGAGGAGUAUCACGAGUGAGAUCAAGCCAGAAGCUAGUGGUUACGUUGUUAGGGGAUUGUUUAAUUUAGGAAACACUUGUUUUUUCAAUUCAGUAAUUCAAAACCUACUAGCAAUGAAUAGAUUACGGGAUUACUUUCUUGAAUGGGACGAAUGUGAUGGUCCUCUUGCUGCUGCUUUUAAAAAGCUCUUUGUUGAGACGAGUAUUCGAGAUGCCUCAAAUGCUAUAAAUCCGAAACCCUUUUUUGGUUCGCUGUGUGCGAAAGCUCCACAGUUUAGGGGAUAUCAACAGCACGACAGUCACGAGUUGCUUCAUUGCUUGCUUGACGGUUUGUCUACCGACGAAUUGACUGCAAGAAAGAAACUCAAGUCUCCUCAGGAUGAUGAUGGCAAGUCUCCUACAUAUGUUGAUGCCAUCUUUGGGGGUCGUCUCUCUAGUACUGUUACUUGUCUGGAGUGUGGACACUCUUCAUUAGUCUACGAGCCAUUCUUGGAUCUCUCAUUACCGGUUCCCACUAAAAAGACUCCAUCUAAAAAAGCUCAACCAGUUUCCCGACCGAAGAAAUCAAAACAUCCUCCAAAGAGAAGUGGAAGAGUUCGCCCCAAAAUUAGCAGAGAUGCAGCUUCUCUUAAUUCUCAAAGUGCUCAAGAAAGCGGUAGCAAGACGGAAGUUCCUUCCGAUUCUGCAUUGCUGGAUUCUCUUGAUGCUAGUUCUGUGGCUGAUAUUGAUAAUAUGGGUUUAACUUCACAUAAUUUAUAUUCCUCUUUGAAGUCUAAUAAUGAGAAACAUGUCAACGAUGUUACUGGGCAGCUGACUUCAGUGGACAGUUCUGCAUGGUUGGAUUAUCUUGAUCAAGAUAUCCUGCCUAAUGGUAAUGAUAUGGCUUCUCAAAUAACUUCUCAUGAUCUGUGUUCCUCUCCGAAGUCCAAUAAUAAUGAACAAAAUGACAAUGGUGUUACUGGACAGUCGACUUCAACGGACAAUUUUACAUGUUCAGAGUAUCUUGAUCAAGGUAUUACGCCUAAGGGUGAUGAUGUCGCAUCACAAAUUGAUAUUCCGUCUAAUCAGGGUUGUGCAACUGAAAAUGUUGUUCAACCUAAUGUUUCCUUGCAAAAUGAUCUGAAUGCUCAUAGUGACAGUAACUUGACAUGUGAAGAAGUAGCAGCUAAAGAUAUGGAUGCUAGAGAAGUUGAGCAUAACUCAGCAUCAGGCAGCCAAGUCCUCUCGGUGGAUUCAAAUCUUGAUUCAUCAACAAGGCUUGGGGAAAUUGAAGCGGCAUUACUGGUACAAGAUUCAGAAAUUCUGUUGCUUCCAUAUAAAGAAGAAACUUCAACUACCAGUGACGUACUAAAAGGAGAAGACGAAGAUUCUUUGGAGUUCGAUGGUUUUGGAGGCCUGUUUAAUGAACCUGAGCCGGUAGCAGGGCCCGCUGAAAAGCCUUUACCAAAUGGAUACGGAGAAGCUAGUUCUGCAGUUGGAAAUAGCACCGAGUCUGAUCCAGAUGAGGUUGAUAAUACUGAUGCUCCAGUAUCGGUAGAGAGUUGUUUGGCUUGUUUCACAAAGCCUGAGCUUCUAUCUAAAACAGAACAUGCUUGGCAAUGUGAAAACUGUGCCAAACUUCUACGAGAACAGAGGAUGAGAUCAGAAGGUGGAUUCCAUUCAAGUCAGGAUGAAGCUAGUGGUCUAGUAAAUUGCAACAAUCAGAACAAUGGAGUUCAGUUGGAUGAACGUUCUGCUAAUUAUGAAUCUGGAGAAAGUGAGGAGAACGAGAUAGACUCUAAAGGUGUCAAAGUGGAAAGAGAUGCAACUAAAAGGAUACUCAUUGAUAAAGCCCCUCCUAUUUUGAUAAUUCAUCUAAAGAGGUUCAGCCAAGACGCUCGUGGACGCUUAAGUAAGCUGAAUGGCCAUGUGAAUUUCAGAGAUGCUGUUGAUCUCACAACAUUUAUUGAUCCCAGGUGCCUGCAGAGGGAGAUAUACAAAUAUCGACUUGUGGGUGUCGUGGAACAUUCGGGGACUAUGAGGGGAGGUCACUAUGUUGCAUAUGUUAGAGGAGGUCCAAAGAUUGCUGGGGAAGACAAGGACGCGAAAGAUUAUGUGUGGUAUUAUGCAAGUGAUGCAUACGUACGAGAAGUCCCUUUGGAAGAAGUUCUUCGGAGUGAAGCCUAUAUUUUGUUCUACGAAGAAAUUUGAUACGAAUCUCUUUUUGCAAUUUUUUUGACAUCAAAAUGGUCGGGGCUGAGCUGAUCACCCUAUAUGUUACGCGUGUGAGAAACAAAUACGUAUACACAAAGAGAAAGGGGUUUCCCGGAGGGGUUGGAGGGUAAAAUUGUGAGUUGUAUUACUACAAUCAUAGAGUAUUAACACCCCGUUUUUUGUUAUUUCAAAUUUCAAUGUGCCAUCACUUAAAGAUGUAUAUGUUCGAAAAUGUAUGUCGAGAAAGAGUGUAAUUCUUUGCCUUCCUUUUUUUAAAUGGAAAAAUCAAUCUUUAUUUACCAA